GCCCAGACGAUUCCGGUUGUUGUUUUACACAUACCUUGUUGCUAAGGUUACUGUCCCGCGCUGUAAUGUUUAUGGAGUUCGUACGCUAUAUAUGUUUCCUUAACGCAUUCGCUCUGUUUAAUAUACGAUAAAGAUGACUUCUUAUGAUGCUGACAACCUUGACUUUAAAUCCUUGGAUAAGGAACUUAAAACUGCUGUGGAACUAGACGAAAAAUAUUGGAGAGAAAAUGAUGCCAAAUUUCGAGCUGUGAGACAGAAAGUUGCAAGUUAUGAAGAAUUUAGGGAUAUCGUAGAGGCUUCCCAUUUGAAACCACUCGGAAAGGAAGACAAAAUCCAAGAGAAAUUCAAGCAACCAUGGAAUACAAUUGCUACAUCUUGUAAUUCUCAACAAGCAGCAACAACUUGUGAGAAAACAGAGACCCAGGUUCCCAUUAAAAUACCAAAGACUUCUCAUGAAUUUGUGAGAGAAUGGUGCCGCCAUAAAAAUUCCAAGCAAUCCCAAUAUGAGAUGCUAAUGCUGAUAACAACUGAACAACUGGCUGUUCAAUUCAAAACUGAAAUACCCAAUGGACUUUUAGGAGAAAUAUUAUGUGUUCUUGAAGAAUAUUAUUCUAAAGAGAACUACUUGGCAAUUAUUGAAAUUCUAGACAUUCUCAGUCAGUCUUCAAGAUUUUCCUUAUGUCUACAAUUUAUGAAUGCAAAUGAACUCAAAGAAUGUCAUAAUUUGUUUAAGAAACUAUCCUCUGAUAUUUCCCAAAAAGAUGAUAUUGAGUCAAAAGAAAGAUUUCAGGUGUUGAAAAAGAAAUAUUCUAUUGAUGAAUAAAUUGACCCCACCCUCCACCCGUCAAAAGCACAGUUCCCAGUGCAGAAACCAUUAAAUGGUGGAAUUAUGCAUUAUCCUAUUGUCUUUUGUCUAUCCUGAGGAAUACAUCAGGUUUUCACUUCAAUCAUUUAGAUAGCAAAGAAUAUUACUUUACAUGGUACACUCACAUGUGCAAGAUCCAUAUGGUAUAGGUCUUCACCAGAUAUCAAGUAUAUGCAUAACAUACACAAUAAUAUUCCACUACUGAAGCACCUUCGCUUUAUUGUCAGAUCAUUUGGUAAUGUAGUGGAACUUCCAACAUUCUUACUAUUACUACCAUAUUUGAUGGCAUGAAAGAUAACAGGGGUAUAUCAGAUACACCCUAAUUUCAGCAGCGCAUAUUCAGAAAAAAGAGCAUCAGAGACCAAACUAGCUUAUGGGAGGCCCACCUUCGGAUAUAGGACACAUGAUAACUUUUUGCAACAUGUUUUUGGAAGGACACAUGUGUCUUUUAUGUUAUAAAAUAUGGUAUCAGCUAAAUGAAGUCAGAUAAGUAAUUUUACUUAUCUUCUCAUCGCUUCAAAUUUGCUAAUCUUUCAUCAGUUAUAAAGCUAGACAGAGUUAGUCGUUGAACGUUAAGCAUCUUUUCAGGCAUUUUUUUCAGCAGAAGAAAUAGGUUUCUUUGAACAGGCCAUAAAAUAAGCUAUUUUCCCAUUGGGCUGCAGUCAUUGCAAAUGAUGGUGAUUACAUUCUUGAUUAAAACUAUUCUGAUAAACAUA